CGGCAUCUCAAUCAACAGCUUCUCAACGAGUUCAACUCGCGACAUUCUCACAAGUUCAUGCCAAUAGGCACCUUUAGCAGCUCUUGGACACGAAAGCUCGCACCUUUGGCUUGUCGUUUUACCCACCUCACCCCAACAGCACCCCUCUUUGCCCAUCGCACCACAUCCACACUUGCCUCCAAAACAAUGACCACCGUUCCGUCGUCUGUCAACAAGUCGGCCCACGAGUUUGACAAGGGCAACCUUGACGCCGUGCUCGCCCGCCGCUUCUUCUACGCCCCCGCCUUUGAGAUCUACGGCGGUGUCGCCGGCCUGUACGACUAUGGACCGACCGGCUCGUCGCUCCAGGCCAACAUCCUCGACGCAUGGCGUAAGCACUACAUUAUCGAGGAGGACAUGCUCGAGCUCGACACGACUAUUAUGACUCUUGACGAGGUGCUCAAGACCUCGGGCCACGUUGCCAAGUUCGCCGACUGGAUGGUCAAGGACACCAAGAACGGCGAGAUCUACCGUGCCGACCACCUCGUCGAGGCCGUGAUUGAGGCCCGCCUCAAGGGUGACAAGGAGGCUCGCGGCAUCCAGCACGUCGAGGUUGAGGAGACGGACGAGAAGAAGAAGAAGAAGAAAAAGAAUGUCAAGGCGACUGCCAUCAAGCUCGACGACAACACUGUUGCCGAGUACGAGUUCCUCCUCGCUCAGAUUGACAACUACACUGGCCCCGAGCUCGGCGAGCUUAUCCGCAAGCACAAGAUCACCAACCCCACCACUGGCAACGACCUGACCGACCCUGUCGAGUUCAACCUCAUGUUCGAGUCGAACAUUGGCCCCACCGGUGCCAUCAAGGGCUACCUCCGCCCCGAGACUGCCCAGGGCCACUUUGUCAACUUCGCUCGUCUCCUCGAGUUCAACAACGGCCGUGUUCCGUUUGCCUCGGCCCAGAUCGGCAAGUCGUUCCGUAACGAGAUUGCGCCCCGCCAGGGCCUGCUCCGUGUCCGCGAGUUCACCAUGGCCGAGAUUGAGCACUACGUCGACCCAUUGGACAAGAAGCACGCCCGCUUCAACGAGGUCAAGGACGUUGUCCUCACCCUCCUCCCCAAGGAAGUCCAGCAGGAGGGCCGUACCGACCUCACCCAGAUGACCACUGGCGACGCCGUUGCCAAGGGCGUUGUUGACAACGAGACCCUCGGCUACUUCCUCGCAAGGACGCAGCUGUUCCUUACCAAGAUUGGUAUCGACCCCAAGCGCCUCCGCUGCCGUCAGCACAUGGCCAACGAGAUGGCCCACUACGCUGCCGACUGCUGGGACUUUGAGAUCCAGUCGUCGUACGGCUGGGUUGAGUGUGUUGGCUGCGCCGACCGCUCGGCUUACGACCUCACUGUCCACUCGGUCCGCACCAAGCAGGCCCUCCGUGUCCAGCAGCGUCUCGAGAAGCCCAUUGUUGUCGAGAAGCUUGACGUCCAGUUCGAGGCCAAGCCCUUCGGCAUCAAGUUCAAGAAGGACGCCGCCACCAUCAAGGACACCCUCCUCGGCCUCCCCAAGGAGCGCCUCCAGUGCAUCAAGGACGACUUCGCCUCCAAGGGCUCGUCCUCGGUCAAGUGCACCGACGGCAAGGACUACGAGAUUACCCCCGACCUCGUCCGCAUCGAGCCCCUCACUGUUACUGAGCACGUUCGCGAGUUCACCCCCAACGUCAUUGAGCCCUCGUUCGGUAUCGGUCGUAUCCUCUACUCGCUCCUCGAGCACUCGUACUGGGCUCGUGAGCAGGACGUUGCCCGCGGUGUUCUUUCGUUCCCCGUCCUUGUUGCUCCUAUCAAGGUCUUGAUCGUUGCCAUCAGCAACGACCCUGCUCUCACCGCGAUCAUCCACGACCUCACUCGUCGUUUCCGCAAGCUCGGCAUUGCCAGCCGCGUCGACGACUCGGGCGCGUCCAUCGGCAAGAAGUACGCCCGUAACGACGAGCUUGGCACUCCCUUCGGCUGCACUGUCGACUUUGCCACCGCCAAGAACGGCACCAUCACCCUCCGUGAGCGCGACACGACGUCGCAGCUCAUCGGCAAGGUCGACGACGUUAUUGCCGUUGUCGACGAGCUCGUCAAGGGCAACAUCAACUGGGACGGCGCGAGCAAGAAGCUCGAGGUCUACAGCGGCGUCCAGGACGUCGAGUAAUGGCAGUAGAGGACUAUCUAUCACCUACAGAUCGCGUCGGCAGGACGCGCAUGCAUCGUUGUCCCACCUCGUG